AUGGAGCAGUCCUCGCCGUUGGCUGCCAUGCAUCCUCCCUCCAUGCACUUCGGCCACUGCUUUCGAGCUGAGCCUGCCAGCUCCUUCACCCAGUUCCCUGCCAUGGGCGCCUUUGGCCCAGACAGCUUUAACUUCAGGGAUCUGUCGAUGAAGAGGGCGAGGGCAGACUACUUCAAUGUCAAGCCCGUCCGCGGACCCUCGCCCACCGUCAGCUUGGCUGCCGACCUCUCGCAGAACUUCCACAUCGAUCAAAGGUAUACAAACAUCCUUCUGCUCCAUGACACAAUAACUACUCCGCCCAUACCAUCGUCCCCUGCGCCAACUGAUAUCAUGGAGAUGUCACCCCUGCCGCACAAGGCGCCAUUUAGCCUCGCCCUGGACAUGGAUCUGGAGUCCCCCACCACCGAGCUAUCCAUGGCAAAGUCACAGCAGCUACUCUUUCUCCCAAACUCCCUACAGCAGUCGCCGAUAGAGUCUAGCAGGUCUAAUUCACAGUCUGAACGACGAAAACCUCCGAUGCUGAGGCCAUCACUGAUGCGCACCAAGGCGUACAGCUCGUCGUCCAGGACACCCCUGGCGCAGCCGCCGCAGUUCAAGUUCCUUGCAGGCGGCAGCAAGCUCUCCACGUCCACGUCGAUCUCGCUGGCUGAGAUGUUUGAAGACUCCGGUGCUCCUGACACUCCCUCUGCGCGAGGAAGUCCGGCUGCGGGUGCUGCCGUUGGCCCUUCACGGUCACGGUCUUUCAGGACACUCGGUCAGGUCCCGGAAAAUGGCUCUCCUGGCUACGGCUCAAUCCGAAGAGGCUCCAACCCUUUCUCGCGCCCACGCAAGCUCAGUAGACGAUCUCUUAGCAUGUUUGAGCACCCCGAGGACGUCAUGAAGGAUGAGAAGGAGGAUACCACUAUGCACACCAGCACAGCUCUACAAUCCAUCACCGACAUGGAAUCUUCUACACCCACCUUACAUCUACCCCACUUCAUCCCAGACGACCAGCCCGAUUGUCUGCCGCGAAUCGAGAAUUCCGUGCUGGUAGAUAUAGUCAAUGGGAAAUAUAACGACCGAUAUGAGAACUUCACCAUCAUCGACUGCCGAUUCGAGUACGAGUAUGAAGGAGGCCAUAUCAACGGGGCAGUCAACUACAAUGACAAGGAGCAGCUCGCAGAAAGCCUGUUCAAGGAAGGAGAAAUGAAGCCAAAUACUGCUCUCAUCUUCCACUGCGAGUACUCCGCUCACCGAGCUCCGAUAAUGGCCAAAUUCAUCCGACACCGAGAUCGAGCGGUCAACAUUGACCAGUAUCCCAAACUCACAUACCCAGAAAUGUACAUCCUCCACGGCGGAUACAGCGGCUUCUUUGCCGAACAUAGCUCCCUCUGCUACCCCCAAAACUACGUCGAAAUGGCAUCCAAGGAACACGAAUUCGCUUGCGAACGCGGCCUAGGAAAAGUAAAACAACGCUCUAAACUGUCCAGAGCUCAGACUUUUGCCUUUGGCCAACAAAGCUCCCCCAUGGAGGACAGUCCAACCGGCCGAUGCCGCGGAGCAAGUCACCGAAAUAUGACACUGGAGAGCCCACUGGGACGUGCCUUUGAACCCGGCCGUCCCCCAGAACGGCGCAUGUUCUCCUACUAA